AUGUGCCGCUUUGUUGGUGAUAAACAUUCGACCUCCGAGCGAUCGAAUCCCAAUGAUUGCUGGAUAAUUCGUGGUGGGCAAGGCUAUAUUGCUAUUCUUUCGAAAAACUGGUUGCGAUUUCUCAUUAUGUGCUUAAUACAGCGACUGCAGCUUGUUGGCUUUGUAUCUGUUGUAUCUGGAGCAGGUGUGGAAUGUGGCGAUUCGGGAACGGGGCUUGUCACGCUGAAAACAGUAACUGUCAAGUUAGCAGCUGAGUCAGUCGAAUCGGAGGCAGAACUAGUCAGGUUUGAAGCGGAAGCAGGGGUAGUCAGGCCGGAAGUGAGGUCAGUCAAGUUGGAAGCGGGGCCAGUUAAGUUGGAAAUGGGCACUGGAUCUGUAACGUCAUUCAAGCAUAAAGUCACUUCUGCUACUUAUCGUGCCCCAACUGUCGUCCAGCACAAAAGCGGAAUGAGUAUGUGCCUCUCCUCGUUCAGCACAAAAGAAUUUUUCUGA